AUGGAGGCUCUUGAAAGGAGAGGAAAAAUUCUGGCGAUUGCUGCAGUAAUGUUCAUCGUGUUUUGGUCUCAAUGCAAAGGCGUAGAGGGUCACAGGAACUCGACUAAGAUGUCGUACGUGUGCCCUCCCCAGUUCAUCCGGCUCGGUCAUAGCUGCUACUUCUUCAGCGACAACAAGGCUACGUGGCAGAAUGCCUUGUUCUCAUGCAAGGACCUCGACAGCAACCUUUCUGUGCCGGCGCGCUGGGAGGACCGGAAUCUUCGGAACUACCUAAACAAACACGAUAUGGAAAAGGCGAGCCGCUGGAUUGGCGGCAUCUACGAUCACGGCGCCCGCGCUUGGAAGUGGGGCGGGGAGCUGCGCCAGAUGCACUACCAGUCCUUCUCCAAGAUGAAGAAACUGUCCCCCGAGGAGCUGAAGUGGAACUGCAUCGCCAUGAUGCCGGAACUGCUCUACAGAUGGGCGCCGCGAAGCUGCAUAGAAGCGAGGCAGUACAUAUGCCAAACGAAACUGCGCAAGGUGCCGAAGUCCAAGCUGAAGGAGCUCAAGCGGCGCUGGCAGCGGAUGGGCAAGAUCAACGAGAUAACGGCGCCCAGCGUCAGCCGCGAGGUCGACGACCCCAGGAGCAAUGACGUCACCAGCAACCCCGUGCUCAACCCGAAGUCCUUCGACCUGCGCCCAAGCCCGCUGCAACCGGGGCCGAGGACGCACGACCGCAGACCGAACCCCAUCCGAAACAACCCGAAGGCCUACGACCUGAGACCAAACGAGCUCAGGAAGAGGUCCAGACCGAACGCUCGCAGGCGUCUCACGAGGCCAUUCCCCGGCUACAAAUGGAACCGCCACGACCCGGAGGCGUCGUUCCGCUACAACUCGGAGCUGCUGCGCUCCGGACGGACAGGCCUGAGCCCGCAGCAGAUCAAGGGCCACCUGGCGCGCUUGCAGCAUUUGCGCGACAAGCAGAUCCAGCGGCGCAAGCGGCUGCGCGAGAGAGACGACUGGCUGGUGAACGACGCCGCGCCCGCGAUAGUCCACACGCACGCGAGGACGUACACUGUGGACAACAACAUCAGCGCCCUCCACCCGAAGACGAUCGUUGAGGAGUUCGACAUGAUGCCACCGCCGCCCCCCAUCGCCAUAGCCCGGCCCGCUCGCCGAGCCGGC